AUGCCUACAAGUUCGACGCUCAAGCCUUCGGGUCUGCUCGAGUUAUGGCACCGAAUCAUUCGCCGACAGGUGGCCGUCAAGUUGCUAUCUUCGGGGAAUUCAUGCAAGCUGUCUACGUCCCGGAGGGCAAAUGGACCUACCCAACGCCCGCUGACCCCUUCGGAGCAAAAAUUGCCAGGCCUCGGAAGCAGUACGGAUCCAAUGCUUGAUCCUAGCAAUCUAAGGACCAUGCUUGACCAGUGGCAGUUCACGGACAAGUACAAAAUAGGCCAACUUUUCCCGAAAGAAAAGCUGAAAGAAAUCACAAACCAUGGUCAGACCCUCCGGAUGGCAGUGCAAAGGAUUAAUACCGUACGGGACUUGGACCUGAAAUUGACGGGGGAUACGCCCAAAAUCCUGCAGGGACAGAUGACGAAAAUUCCGCUUUUGUUCAAAUACAUUCAAUGGGCACGCGAAGAGGCGAUCAUGAGGAACAAUGGUCUAGAUGAUGCAUUCAAGAGCAGGUUUCCGUCCGACACGCUCGUCAAGAAGAUGGAAGAAGUACCGGAGACCGGCCUCAAAUUUGAAGCGCCUGAUUGGGAUGCGACAGCGGCGGAAAACGGAGGGGCCGACCCGGACGCUAUAGCAGCGAAAGCUAAGGCAUGCGAGAAUUGGCACAGAGAUUUGGCUCUCAAGACGACACCCCCGAUGAGAAAGAGUACAUAA